UUCUCUCUCAGGCUUCAGGUGAUUAGCUUGUCCUAACUCAGAGACUUUAAGUUUGAGAGUUCUGCACAGGGUCCUGAAGUGAGGCCCUUAUGAACGGAUUAUUGUAAUUACUCCUUUCCUGAAACUUCAUUAAAAGUCAAAUGCUAUUCUGUGAAUAUAUGUUGGCUCGCUUCUCCUGGCCCAGAUCUGUUAAAGCUGAAUUUUAUUUUCACCACAACAGAGGGAAAUUAAGGUGUGUUCCCUAGCUGAAUCUCCUUGUUUAAGUGUGAUUUGCUUUAACACAAAAGUUAUUGCCCCCAGCUCAAGACUUCCUGCUAACUAAUGUCAGGAGACAGUGAUUGUACCCGAACAAGCCCAUCCGUGGGGUCUCCAUCGGAUAAUGAGUUCCUGCCAGAUCGGCCAAGGUAUGUGUGCUCACUGUCUCCCGACCUUAUUGCCAAGGCUCGUGAAGAGCUGCAGGAGAAACCUGAGUGGAGGCUUCGUGAUGUGCAAGCCCUCCGAGACAUGGUGUGUAAGGAUUACCCUACUCUGGGCACGUGUCUGGACGAUACUUUCUUGCUAAGGUUCCUUAGAGCCAGGAAAUUUGAUUAUGACCGAGCGCUUCAACUUCUGGUGAACUAUCACAGCUGCAGGAGGAGCUGGCCCGAGGUCUUCAAUAACUUGAAACCAUCUGCAAUUAAGGCUGUCCUAGCAUCUGGCUUUGUCACUGUGCUGCCUCACUUGGACACUGAGGGACGCCACAUUGUCUGCAUUCGUCCAGACAGAUGGACACCAAGUAAUUAUCCAAUUACUGAGAACAUUCGUGCCAUAUACUUAACGUUAGAAAAACUCAUUCAGUCUGAAGAGACCCAAGUGAAUGGAAUUGUAAUCCUUGCAGACUACAAAGGAGUCAGCUUAUCUAAGGCAUCUCAUUUUGGUCCUUUUGUAGCCAAAAAAGUGAUUGGAAUUCUUCAGGAUGGUUUUCCCAUUAGAAUCAAAGCUGUCAAUAUUAUAAACGAGCCUCGCAUAUUCAAAGGAAUUUUUGCCAUCAUCAAGCCUUUUCUGAAGGAAAAGAUAGCAAACCGGUUUUUUCUUCAUGGCUCUGAUUUGAAUUCUCUUCAUCAAAACCUUCCACAAAGGAUCCUUCCUGAAGAAUACGGUGGCACGUCAGGAAAACUGGACAUCGCUGCCUGGAAUGAGUUGCUGCUCUCCUCAGAAGAGGAUUUUCUGCAUGACUUCUCUCAGCUGGUUCUCCCAGGUGACAGCUCACCAUCUGAAGCUCUAGUGAGUGGGGAUGCUGAGGAGAAGCAGAGUGAAGAGCCUCUGCGAGGCAUGAAACCUCAACUCUACUACUGUUAUUAACAAAGCAGUUAAAGGAAGCUUCCUUGCACAGUCAGUCUAGAUGCCCUCUCCUGUUCUGAAAGGAAUAAGAACACAGUGGGGUUAUGAGCUCUUCCUUACUCCUAAACCUCCAGUUUGUGAGUAGACUGCUGAGGCUUUUUACACUGUGGAACCAAAGCAAGUUAAAGUGGGUGAGAUGGGGGCAAGGCAGAGUUCUUUUUGGAAUCUAGGCAGGACACACAAUUCCCAAGCCACCUCAAGUAUUAUGGGUUGUUAAUCCCAGUGUGAAAGAUGCCAUCUAGCAAAUUCCUCUUAAUAGUAGUGAGAGAAAAAAUAUCUCAUUAGAGU